AGUAUUUUUUGUGUGUGGAAAAUGCUCUAAAAUGUUAGUGAUGGGGCUGGAUACGGGUGCAUGGGCCCUGCGGAGAGAGAAGGGAAGAUUUGGGGCGCCGGAAAUCUCCGGUUUUCCCAAACAAUAGUCGGGAGGACGCGACGGUCGCUUUUUUUGAAUCCACGGGGAAGUUUAAGACCCUCAUCGGCCCCAUUGUCGUUCUCACCGAGGCCACGUAGCUCCGUGGUCCGACUUUAACCGCAGGAGAAGACUGUUGUCUUUGUAAAUGUUACUGAAGGCUAAAAGGAUUCGGAGAGUGAUGCGCCUGGAAGGAAUACGCGCGUCCAGUUUAGUUGUAGGCCAAAGGAUUUGAAAUUUCUCCUUCACCUAAGGGCUGGUGGGAAUUUGAGUGCGUCCAUUCAUUUACUGUGAGGGCGACCCGUUUGGGGAAAGAAACGGGGAAGAAAGGGAACGAACGUUUUGGAUAAAUUGGCUUCAGGACGCGGCCAAUGGGGCCUGGGAGUCUCCCCAUUGUCCUGCCUUUCUACCAUAGCCUCUUUUUUUAUUUAUUAGUUCGCAAAACUCUUUGUAUUUCCCCUAAAUGCUCCUGGUUCCUGGCAGUAAAUUAGCCUUUUGUGCUUGUGGAAUAUUGCUGAAUUAUUGAUGCAGCUCGACUCCUCAGAUGUAACCACAGCCAGCAGCGCAGUGGUUACAUGUAUCCAAAGAGCUUUUCCCGUCGUUGCGCUGUUCGUUCAAACAGACUAAGAUGUUGCAGCAGCAUUUCCAGGCCCUGGUUGUCUCUGCUUCCCUGAGGACUGCAUAAGCCUGCUAUCACGGCCACGUCAGCUCUCCCCUGCUGCAGCUCUCCUAUCCGCCAUCCUCUCCCACCCCUCUUCUCCUCCUCUCUGUAGCCUCCCUCACUCUCCCGCCUCCCUUCUCCUGCUCCCUCCUCAUCAGCCUCCAAGAUAGAUUCCAUCAGGAGUAAGGUUGACCUGCUCAAGCUGCCCCUGGCUCUCUCCACCAAGUCCAUCUCCGAGCGCAAGAGCCAGCUGGGAGGAGUCGGCGAGCGGCGCGGCACAGGGGGAGGAGGUGGGGCUCAUAAAGCCCGCUCACCACCGACCCGAGACAUGGACAACGAGUCACAGUACUCGGGCUACUCAUACAAGUCCUCCCACUCCAGAAGCUCCCGCAAGCACAGGGAUCGGAGGGACCGCCACCGCUCCAAGAGCCGAGACAGCAGCAGCCGUGGAGACAAGUCAGUCACCAUCCAGACUCCUGGGGAGCCGCUGCUUGACGCAGAGUCGACCCGCGGGGACGACAGGGAUGAUAACUGGGGAGAGACCACCACUGUCGUCACUGGCACCUCAGAACACAGCAUCUCUAACGAGGACCUGACCCGCGUCUCCAAAGAUUUGGAGGAGUCGACUCCGCUGGAGUGCAAGCGUUUUGUCGGCCCGGCUCUGGGAGGCCUUCUAAGCUUCUUCGCUCUGGUCACACCUGUAGCCUUCCUCAUCCUCCCACAGGUCCUGUGGCGUGACAUUCUUGAGCCCUGUGGCACGCCCUGCGAAGGCCUCUACGUGUCCCUGGCCUUCAAGCUCCUCGUCCUGCUCAUCUCCUCCUGGGCGCUGUUCCUCCGGCCACCUCGCGCCACCCUCCCCCGCUUCUUCGUCUUUCGCUGCUUGCUGAUGGUGCUGGUGUUCCUGUUUGUGGCGUCCUACUGGCUGUUCUACGGCGUGCGGGUGCUGGAGCCCAGGGAGAGGGACUACAGGGGGAUAGUGGAGUAUGCUGCCUCGCUGGUAGACGCCUUGCUCUUCAUCCAGUACCUUGCUCUGGUGCUUCUGGAGGUCCGACACCUGCAGCCGGCCUUCUGCCUCAAAGUGGUCAGGAGCACGGACGGAGCCAGCAAGUUUUACAAUGUGGGCCACCUCAGUAUCCAGCGGGCAGCCGUCUGGGUGUUGGACCAUUAUUACAGCGACUUCCCCGUCUACAACCCUGCCCUACUCAACCUGCCCAAGUCCAUCCUGUCCAAGAAGAUGACUGGCUUCAAAGUUUACUCCCUGGAUGAAAACACCACCAAUAACUCAACAGGCCAGUCCCGGGCCAUGAUAGCAGCUGCUGCCAGGAGGAGAGACAAUUCCCAUAACGAGUUUUACUACGAGGAGGCGGAGAUGGACCGCAGGAUCCGCAAACGUAAAGCCAGGUUGGUUGUAGCGGUGGAAGAGGCUUUCACCCACAUCAAACGCCUCCACGAGGACGAGGUCACCUCGUCGCCCAAACACCCAAGAGAGGUGAUGGAUCCUCGGGAGGCGGCCCAGGCCAUCUUUGCCCCGAUGGCCCGAGCCAUGCAGAAAUACCUGAGAACAACCCGGCAGCAGGCCUUCCACAGCAUGGAGAGCAUCCUCACACACCUGCAGUUCUGCAUCACGCACAACAUGACGCCCAAGGCCUUCCUGGAGCGUUACCUUACCCCAGGCCCCACCAUGCAGUACCAGCAGCAGAACGGCAGGGGGCGCCAGUGGACUCUGGUGAGCGAGGAGCCGGUGACCUCAGCCCUGCGUCAGGGUCUGGUGUUCUCCCUGCGACGCCUGGACUUCUCCCUGGUGGUCACGGUGACGCCGCUCCCCUUCCUGCGGCUCGGGGAGGAGUUCAUCGACCCAAAGAGCCACAAGUUCGUCAUGAGGCUGCAGUCGGAGACCUCGGUGUGAAGGAGUCUCCUUUCCUGCUGGA